AUGUCGUAUGCCACGCGUGACAUGGAACAGAGUAGACUAGAAAUUAUACUGCUGGCCGGUGGCGUUCUCGUGCUCGUCCUUUUCCUUGGCGUCUUCAUCCUCGUUUGCGUCCGCAUAGCACAUUCGAAUUCACCUCUUAAGCGACACAGGACUGAAGCAUGGGGAGGAUCCUGGAAUGAGCGAUGGGAUACCGGCCCAUCGCCGCCUGGCCAGGACGAGGGCGUCUUUGGUAAUGUUCGUCAACAUAGCGUGUCAAUUGCUGGAGACGUCAGAAACGAGCUUACAGGUUUGGAGCGGUUGAUGGCGUCGGACAUGGCCGACCACGACGUUGUCUCAUGGCAAAGAUGCAUCGAGAACGACGUCGACUCUGUGCGGCACAACACUACGCCUGGCGAACUCGACCAUCACCCUUCCGGGCACAUGUUGGGUGAUGACGUCUCGAACUGGUAUGAUCUGGCGGAUUCGCCGGGCUCGAGUACCGGGCGGGAUCGAGAGGGAGGCAUUGCAACGAAAAGACCUGAGAGAGCAAUGGUUCAUGGCGACAGCUGCGAUUUGGAGGCGCAGGAUUCCUAUGAUUCUGAACACUGA